AGCUUCGGUUGCGCCAGCAAACAUCAUCAGCAAUGUGCUCCUUAUAUUAUAUAUGCAUCACCUACUUCUGGUAGUUCCAUGUAAAAACCACCCAAGGCCAAAGGGUUGUUCAGCUCAGAAAGAGCAAAUUGAUCAGCAGUGGAGAUAUGGAUGUCCAAACACUCCACAAGAUUCUCGUGUCCGUUGCCGCCCUUCUCCUACUGGGCCUCCUCGUCCGGCUCUACGAAUCCCUGGUGAAGAAGCCGGCGAGGGUCAGAGGCCGGCUCACCAAGCAAGGGAUCACGGGGCCGCCGCCGGUAUUUCUGCUUGGAAACAUUCUGGAGCUGCGAAAGGCCAGAUCGUCCGCGGGAAGUUCGGCCAAGGAAACCACUCAGAUCACCCACGAUUACGCCGAAGGCCUCCUGCCCUUCUUUCAGCAGUGGCGCGAGAAAUACGGAAAAUUUUUUACAUUCUCUCUUGGGACAAAGCAAAUACUGCAUGUAACAAGAGGAGAUCUGGUGAAGGAGAUAACGCAGAGCGCAUCCAUUAACCUAGGGAGGCCAUCCUACCACCGAAAAGAGUUGGGUCCUUUGUUCGGAGCAGGCAUCUUGACCUCCAACGGACCCCUUUGGCAAUAUCAGAAGAAAAUCCUUGGCCCUGAAUUGCACACGGACAAGGUCAAGGGAAUGACAAACCUCAUCUGGGAGUCGACAAUGAUGUUGUUGGAUUCAUGGAAUAGCAGAAUCGAAGAAGAGGGUGGAGUUGCAGACAUAUACAUAGACCAGGAUUUGCUUGAGAUCUCGGGCGAUGUGAUAGCAAGAGCUUGCUUUGGCAGCAACUACUCCAAUGGAAAACAAAUCUUCUCCAAGCUUAACAUUCUCAAGGAAGCCAUGUCCAGGAGAAUCUUCUCCAUUGGCCUUCCCGGCAUGAGCUACUUGCCGACCAAGAACAACAGGGAAAUAUGGAGACUGGUGAAGGAGGUUCACACUUUGAUCGUAAACGUGGUGAAGGAGAGGAAGGAAUCUGGCCAUGUUCACAAGGACCUUCUGCAAACCGUUCUAGACGGUUCUAAGAACAGUGACUUCAGUGGACAUGGCGCCGAGCAAUUCAUAGUAGACAACUGCAAGAACAUCUACUUGGCUGCUCAAGAGACCGUCGCCAUCACCGCUUCAUGGUGCCUCCUGCUCCUCGCUGCCAACCCUGAAUGGCAGGACCGCGUCCGCGCCGAGGUUGUAGACAUCUGGGGAGCCGCCCGAGUCCCCGACUCCGACAUGCUCCGGAAAGUGAAAUUGCUGACGAUGGUGAUACAAGAGACCCUAAGGCUGUAUCCUCCGGGAGUUGCUUUGUCAAGGGAAGCCCUAAAAGACCUAAAGAUAGGGGGAAUGGAUAUCCCGCAAGGAGUGAACAUGUGGACGAUGGUGUCCAAAUUGCAUACCGACCCCGACAUAUGGGGACCCGACUCCUACAGCUUCAAGCCGGACCGGUUCGCGAACGGGGUUUCGGGAGCCUGCACCCUGCCGCAGUCGUACCUGCCGUUCGGGUUCGGGCCCCGGUCGUGUCUCGGGCAGAACCUGGCCAUGCUGGAGCUGAAGAUGAUCCUCGGCCUUAUUCUGACCAAAUUCACGUUCAGCGUCUCGCCCAAAUACGUCCACUCGCCGGUGAUGAAGCUGGUGAUCGAGCCCAAGCACGGCAUCCAUCUCUUGAUGAAGAAGCUCUGAGUUCGUUAAUCACAGUCAAAUAAUUAUAUAUAAUUGCGUACCCUUCUUUAAUUCUCUUUCUUUUUUCUUUUCUCUUUUUUUGUUUUGUUAGAAACACCUUCAAAUUAAGAGAAAGGUAUUGUUAUUACUAUGUUAUUAAAAAAAUAAUACUUCUGAUACAAAUUCAAUA